GGAACGAUUGUUCCACUUUAGUCUUAUCUUAUUUGCAAUUAGGAACGUGCUGUUCCUAAUCGCUGCUUGUCGUUCCCAAAUGUUUUAAUUGGUCCCUUUCAAAAGCAAUUUUGGUCCUUUUUUCUGCUGAAAGCAUGGAAACAAUAGUUUUGUUUCCAAACUGGAAUUAGUUCCGCUUUAAGUUAAAGAGGAACUAGCAUUCCGUUGUUUUAUUUGAGUCACUUAAUGGGAACGAGGGUUCCUAUUUAGCGUUGGUGAACACGAACACAAGUUCCGAGGUUACUUUACCAUUCUAACAUGCGCGAUCGAGGGCAAAUUCAAUUUCUAGCCUGGCUUGCCUGCUGCAUGCUUAAUCAGGUAAGGGCAGGUUGGGACAAGAUGAGACCUGCCCCUUUGUUCCUUUGUUUGGUUUUAUUGUGUGAGAAGCGGGCCAGAUGGAUAACAAGUCAGCUAUUUAUUAUAAAUACAGUAGUCUCGCGAGAAACUUCACAUAUCAGAUAUUAAAAGAUGAACAAAAGAGGAGUGGAAAUCGACUGGUCAAAGUUAGAAAACGCAUCUCCUAAACCCAAACGACUUCACUUAGAAGAAGACGAUUCUGAUGGCCUUUUUCACUGUCCAGUGCAAGAUUGCAAUCAUGAUGGGUUUACAACGGCAAGAGGAUGCAGAAAACACGCAAAGAACAAACAUCGUUGGUACUUUUAUUUCGACGAAAAGCCAGACAUCACUCAGAUUGAAUCAGGCCAACAAAAAAGCAACAAAAUGGAGGUCAGUGAUCACAAGAUUCCACCUAAAUCUAGAAGAGUUGUCUCUUUUGCCAUGUCAAGUGAAAUCGCACAAGAUUUCUUGUCCUGGCUCACCGGCAGUGGCGGAGGUUGUAAAAGUGAUCGGCAAGCGCACCAAAUUGUCAGCAAGUGUUUGAAGUUUCUUAAAUUCUGUUGCGAAGAAGAGGAGGAUCUUACAUUUGAAAUCGUUGACUUUAGUCUAUGUUCGCCCAAUCUACUUUUCAAAUUUGUUGACAUGAUGCAAGACGAGUGGAAUCUCGGGCACGCAGGGCGCAUAGGCUAUUUGGACGCCAUUGCAGAAUUAGGGGAUUUCAGAAAAGUCAAUGGAGCUUCGGAAUCGGUAUUAAGAGGAUUAUCUUCCACAGAGCUGUACUUAAAACGAGUCCGCAAGACCGUCUCCAAGAUGAUGCGAUUACAAUGGACGAGCGAACUCGAUAUCGAAGCCUUAGAAGCCAAGGGACACUGGGCUACGCUAGAAGAGCUCUUGGAAGUCGUAGGGCGUUAUUUGCCGCGCUACGAAAGCGUGCUAAAAUCAUGCAAGGAUGAUCCAGGUACAAUAUCCCCACUAGACUUAUCGUUUGCUACCAAAUUUCUCGCCGUAUAUUUGUUUAUCAAGGUCAAAGGAUCGCGCCCGAUGACAUAUCAAUAUUUAACUGUUGAGAUGGUGAACAACGCUAAAACCAACGGCGGAUUUAUCGACCAGAAAAUGUUCAAAACAGCAGGAAAGUUUGGCUUCGAUUCUCUUUACCUGACUGAGACUAGCAUGCAAGUGUUAGAUGGCUACAUCAAUCAUAUACGCCCUCUGCUCAAGCCGAACUGUGAUUAUGUUUUAGUGACGAGAAAUGGAGGACAACACAACAAGCUAGGAGAACUAAUGAGUAAACUUGUCUUUGAUGCAACAGGCAAGUACGUUCAUCCGACUCGCUAUCGACAAAUAGUCGAGACCGCAAGCUGCAGG